AUGCCGUCGGUAGUCCCUGAUAUCAACAUGGCCAGUCCUGAACCGGAAAGGGCAGCGGGUGGUGAAUCGCUCGGUGCCGUGAAUGGCUUCGGCAAGAAGCUCAAUGGUCGCGCAACCUGGACGCUUGGCGACCGAGAGCGUGACAGGAGCGCGAGUCCUUCUAACUGCUCCAACGACACAUUAAAUCAUCAAAACUUCUACGCCACCAACUCUGAUCCGUGGAACCGACCAGUGAUCGAGCGUGCAUUUGGUAUAUACGAGGAUGAGGUGAACAGUCCCCAAUCUCAAGCCUAUCCUCGGGUAGCGGCCGGGGCAGACGAUCCCAAAACGGCACGGUAUCCCCGCAUAUCCAAGCCCAUGGAGCUCAUGCGGCAUCAGUACGAUUGUAUUGUGAUCGGCUCUGGUUACGGUGGUGGCGUCGCGGCGUCUCGCAUGGCUAGAGCUGGUCAGUCCGUCUGUCUCCUAGAGCGUGGCAGAGAACGAUGGCCCGGUGAGUAUCCGGAUGGUACAGCCGAUAGUAUCGAACAGGUGCAUUACUCUGGCGAAUUCGUUCCCAGCUGGUUACCCAAUAAACUUGUCAACGGUGGCGAUCCUACCGGCAUGUAUCAUCUGAUCUUCGGCAAUGGUCAGAACGCCGUCGUCUGCAAUGGUCUUGGUGGAACUAGCUUGAUGAAUGCCAACGUAUUCUUGGAGGCGGACGAGGAGACAUUGAAACUAGCAGCAUGGCCAAAAGAGAUUAGAAAAAAUCCUAAAGGCAUGGAAGAAUAUUACAGAAAAGCGGAGGAAGUAUUACAGCCAGAGACAUACCCGGAAGACUGGCCGAAGUUACCGAAGCUUGAGCUACUGGAGAAGCAAGCGAAGCAUUUGAGCAUGUCAGAAAAGUUCCGAAGAGUAAGGCAGACAACACGGUUCAAUAACGGACCGAAUAGCUGCGGUGUCGAAAUGUCACCCUCACAACUCACUGGUCAAGAUACGACCGGACUGAACGACGGGUCUAAAAACACUACUUUGGUCACAUAUCUAGCAGAUGCCUGGAACUGGGGCGCCGAUAUGUUUUGCGAGUGCGAAGUGCGAUACAUCACCAAGGCUCCCGACCAAGAGGGAUACAUUGUAUUUUUCGCCUGGCACGGACGGAACCGCGGCCACUUUAAAGCCAACCUACACGGUGAUCUCAUGUGGGUUCAUGCAAAGAAGGCUGUGUUCCUGGGUGCCGGUGCCAUUGGCACCACAGAGAUCCUCCUCAGGAGUAGAGACAUGGGUCUGGACCUGAGCGAAAAAGUCGGCCAAAACAUGAGCGGCAACGGCGAUAUGUGGGCGUUUGGAUACAACACAGACUACGAAGUAAACUCGAUGGGAGAUCCUUUCCCAUCUCCCUACCAUCCUAUUGGACCUUGUAUCAAUGGUAUCAUCGACAACAGAGCCGGCCAUGCUAAUCCCUUGGAUGGCUACGUGAUCGAAGAAGGUACCCUACCGAAAGCUCUCGCCCCAUUCUUACAAGCCAUGCUCGAGCUCUUGCCCGGAAGUGUCAAGCCAACAGGUGAGGGCAUUUUUGGCAAAUUCAAAGCAAACCUUGCCCGUAUUGGAAGUACAUUCCUUGGGCCCUACUUCCGAAAAGGCGCCAUGGAGAAGACUCAAGUGUACUUGAUCAUGUCCCACGACAGCAACCAAGCAUAUCUGACCUUAAAAGACGACAAACCGGUCCUUGAAUUCAUCGGUGUUGGCCGUAGUGACCAUGUCAAGUAUUUGAACUCGGUGCUAGAGAAGGCCACGAAAGCUGUUGGGGGAACAUUCGUCCAGAAUCCCUUUUAUGCUCUCCUAGGCGAGCAGGAGGUGACUGUUCAUCCGAUUGGCGGUGCUUGUAUGGCACGCGACGGGACCGGUUCGACCGGCGUCACGAACCAUCGCGGCGAGCUCUUCAGUGGUUCCGGCACCGAGACUCAUAGUGGACUCAUCGUUACAGAUGCCGCGGUAAUUCCGACAGCCCUAGGCGCAAAUCCCUUUGCGACAAUCACUGCCUUGGCCGAACGGUCUGUGGAUCUCUAUAUCAAGGAGCAGGAUCUCCAAGUCGACACGACGAAAAACAAAACGCUCGACCUCUUUGGAGCUCCUCAGCACGUUUACCAUCAUGAGGGGUGCGCCUGGAAGGACAGGAUUGAGGACACGCAGGAAAAUGCCAAGAUAAAAAGUGCCAACAAGGCAAUCACGGCUGCUCAACGCUUGAACGAUCCCGGCUUUGGCUUCACCGAAGUCAUGUCCGGACAUAUCCACCGGGAUACAGCUCUGAGGCGGGAUAAUGUAGACACGUACAAGCUGGCGGCAAGAAUGGCGAAGUCCCUGAGCGAAACCGCACGAUUCUUCCUCAGUGUGCAGUCCUUCAACAUCAGAUCGAUUGUCUAUGACCCCAACCACAAAGCGACGCUGACCGGCACUUUCGUUUGCCCUACCCUCAAAGGUUCGCCGUUCAUGGUUCACCGGGGCGACUUCAACCUGUUCCUGCUGGAUCGAAAAGCUCCUGGGACUCGCAAUCUAACAUAUGACUUUGACAUGCGCGGUGUCAACGGCAGGAAACUGCACUUCCACGGCUACAAGGUCGUCGAUUCUUCCGUCGCGCUGUCGCCGGUUCAGUUCUGGAAAUCGACUAGCACCCUUUACGUCACCAUCACCGAGCCCCUGGCCGAUUCCCAGCGCCGAUGCGAGGAUGCGGACGAAUGCGGUCUUUUGGGGAAGAUCGUCGCGAAGGGCAUCAUGCGCAUCCAGCCACAGGACUUCCUGUCCGAGGUCAUGACCCUGAGUCCUACGGGGAGCAGCAUCCUGAAGAAGGUCCUGAGCGCCGGCAACUUCCUGACCUUCUUCACCCGGAAGUCCAUGUCGCUGCUCCUGGCGCCGCUCACACCGCUGCAGUACCCGACCCAGUCGUACACGGGCUUCACCAACAGCACGCCCGAGGACAAGCUGCACAAGAUCCGCGCCUCGGACGGCGUCGUCACGAACCUGCUCGUCUGGGAGCCGACCAACCGCGAUGUCGAGACGAAGAACUUGUUCAUGAUCCCGGGCGCCUCGGUCGACCACCAGAUCUACGCGCUCCCGACCAUCCGCUACAACGCCGUCAACUACUUCCGCCGCGCGGGGUACCGCGUGUUCGUCAGCGUGCACCGUAUCUGCAUGCUCAAGGUCGCGCAGAACGACUGGACGACGUUCGACGCGCGGCUGGACUUCAAGGCGUGUCUGGAGAAGAUCCGCGAGGAGUACGGCCCGAUCGGGAAGAACGGCGAGAAGCUGGAUCCGGAGCCCGUGUACACGAUCGCGCACUGCAUGGGCAGCGUCGCGCUGUCUACGGGGCUGCUCGACGGGACGAUCCCGGCGGAGUGGAUCAAGGGGCUCAGCUGCAGCCAGGUGUUCAUGAACCCGAUGUGGGCGCGGGCGAACAUGAUCAAGAUCAUGGCGCUGCCGAUCGCGGGGGACCGGGCGUACCGGUGGCUGGCGGGGGACUGGUUCAACUUCAGCACGGGCCGCAACGACAGCGUGUUCCAGCGGUGCCUCAACGAGGUGCUGCGGCUGAUGCCGGACGAGCGCAAGGAGCUGUGCAACAGCGCGAGCUGCCACCGCUGCACGAUGGCGCUCGGCCGCUGCUGGAACCACCACAACCUCAACGAGGCGACGCACCGCCAGAUCGACCGCUUCUUCGGCGGCGUCAGCAUGCGCCUCAUGCACGUGCUCAUGCGCCAGGGCUACGAGGGCGGCGUCAUGGGCAACGGCCCGCUGUUCGAGCGCCUCGACACCAAAGUCAAUAUCCGCCGGCUCAAAGGGAUCCCGAUACUGCUGUUUGUCGGCCGCGACAACGCGGUGCUCAGCCCCGAGAGCACGGAGCGCACGUACGAGAUCCUCACCGAUGCGUUUGGCGGCGGGGACGACCCCUCGGGGGUUAUGUACCGCCGGAGGGUGGUCCCGGACUACGGGCAUCUGGAUUGCUGGAUGGGGAGGAAUGCGUGGAAGGAUGUGUAUCCGUUUGUGCGCGAGGAGAUUGAUAGGGUGGUCAGGGGGGAGACGUAUAGGUUCCACGAGCCGCAGGAUGUGUUCAAGGGGUUGGUGGAUAGUGGGAAGUUGCUUUAUUAG